AGAUUUUGGUUUUCCUUGACCCGCUUGCAUUAUGUCCCUGAAAUUCCUAUUUACGGCAUCGGUUGUCAUUCUUGGAGCAACUCUGACCAUUUCUCUGGCGAACGUCACAGCACAGUGCAAAAUCAAGUGGUUGUUUGGUAUCCCGUGUGAAGAUGUUUAUGGAACAUUGGUGAAUCAGAUCAAGGCCUGGAAGAUCCAGCAAAGCUGCCUAGACGCAGGGGAGAUAUGCUCAUAUGAACUUGUAUCGACCACUCCGGACCUGAUAACAGCCAUACACACGUCUCCAAAAACCAAGAAUGUCAAUGACCUGCAGUUUCUUCUUGAGCAGUCCACCGUUUGCAAAGUGACCGGAGAAGGAAUGUCUGAGGCCUCGAAACUUCCAGCAGAGAACAGUACCAACUUCUGCAGCCUCCAGAACCUAAUAGACGGAAGUGACCUGAUUGAAGCUGAGGGAUACAAACGCUUCACCAACAAAUGGAUCUGCGCUGACUUUGAGAAUGCCAACUGCACCUUGUCAUGAACAAAACAUCUUAACAUGAGAAUUGGCGAGCUCGGAAAAGAUCAGAAAGCUCUCAUUGUUUUUUUUCUUUUCUUAUUUCUAGCAUUUAAUUUUAGACUAUCUGCAAAAAAAUACUUUAAGUAUGCAAGGUGAGAAAAAGUAUUGCCUGGUUGUCAUUUUAAUGUAAAUCAUUAAUGAUGUUACACUACCAUAAAUAUUUACUCUUA